UUACCCUCGUUGUGUAUACAUUCGACAUGUGAAUUGUUACCAGACUAAUGCAACCGGCGUUGAACACUAUGGCACUAGUUGGGAGGAUAUUUGCCAGAAAUUUGGCUCGAAGCCACUCUUUAGGAACUAGAAGUUGCUACACCCACACCAGGGCCAAUCUUCAACUGAACAACGAAACGAGGGUGAUAUGUCAAGGCAUCACCGGCAAACAGGGGGCUUUCCACACCGCCCAAGCCCUGGAGUAUGGCACCAACAUGGUAGGCGGAGUUACACCAGGAAAGGCAGGCCAGACGGCCAGCGGGCUUCCAGUCUUCAACAACUGUAAAGAGGCUAAGGCAGCCACGGAUUGCGAUGCGUCCGUCAUCUACGUCCCACCGGGCUUUGCAGCGGCGGCCAUCUUGGAGGCCAUUGAGGCUGAGAUUGGUCUGGUAGUCUGUAUCACGGAGGGCAUCCCCCAGCAGGACAUGGUGCGCAUCAAGCACCGGCUGCUCAGGCAGGACAAGACGCGUCUUGUGGGACCUAACUGCCCGGGAAUUAUCAAGCCUGGCGCAUGCAAGAUAGGCAUCAUGCCAGGCCACAUCCACCUGCCGGGCAAGAUUGGCAUUGUCUCCAGGUCUGGUACCCUGACUUACGAGGCCGUAGCCCAGACGACACAAGCGGGCUUAGGACAGUCCCUCUGCGUGGGUAUUGGGGGAGAUCCCUUCAACGGAACCAACUUCAUCGAUUGCCUGGAGGUGUUCCUGAAGGACCCAGACACCGAUGGCAUCGUUCUGAUCGGAGAGAUUGGGGGCGGGGCGGAGGAGAAAGCUGCCGAAUACCUGAAGGAAAACAACGUGGGAGAAAACCGUAAGCCAGUGGUGUCCUUCAUUGCCGGUUUAACUGCGCCCCCGGGCAGGCGGAUGGGCCACGCCGGUGCCAUCAUCGCCGGGGGUAAGGGCGGGGCAGAACAUAAGAUUGAGGCGUUGAAAGAUGCCGGCGUCCGCGUCACGAUGUCCCCGGCUCAGAUGGGGACCACUAUGCUAAAGGAAAUGGAGAAGAUGGGUAAAGUCUGAUGUCAUCGCCCGUGUCAACAAAAUACACCACCAACAUGACUUAAGCAAAGAGUUUCAACUUGUUUUAUAAUGAGAGAGAUUAUUCUAGUGGUUAUAAUAAUUACAGGAAAUGGCGCCUUUGGGAGUCAUUCCCAUAGACUUGUGUGCAAAGAAAUCCAAACUUUAAUGAUCCCUAACCCUAACCUAACCUACCAUCUCCAAAAGUUGUCAAUUUGGGUAGUGCCUCACGACAGUGGCGCACCCAGGAUUGGCUCGGAGGGCCUGGGGGGGGGGCUCACAAUUUUUUUCCCCCCAUUUUUUUUUAGAGGUUAUGAAUUUUUAAAAAAAAUGUUGCCCAAACUUUUUGGCCGCAGUAACUUUUUUUUGGGGGGGUGGACUAUUUUGAUGUUGGUGGCGCCAUUUACACCCUUAUUGUACUACUCAAAAAUAGGCCACAUAUCAUCACGGUCAAAGCGUGGGACUAAAAAAUUGACAACCUCUUCGGGGGUCUCAAGCCCCCCUCCCCUUAGGUGCGCCACUGCCUCUCGAGGAAUCGAUUUAGCCUAUUUGCGACAAGUAAAUUUAUGCCUAGAAAUAGACUUGAAACAUUAGCGAGACAAUAAUAUGUCUCCCUAAUCUACCUCGUCUCCCUGAAGUACAGCAUUUUAGCUAAAAGCGUCUUCCUAAUGGCACAUUUACACAAAUACUACAAACUUGCAAAUCAGUAUGACUUUGGAUACUGCAAAGGCCAAUCUCACCAUGUUUCCGGAGGGCAGCAAUCAAACUGGGGAAACUGAUAUCAAAUUAGUUUUAUCAAAUUAGUUUUGAACUUAAAUUUCAGAAUGUUGAAUGCGUUUGUCAAAAGAAUUAUUAGCAAAACUGAGUAGCCAUAAUUGUAGACUACCCAAUUUUGGCACUUUUGUUUUCUUGAAAGAUAUGUAUACAUUUACUUCUUUAAAAUGUAGAAAUAAAAAUGAAAUUGUUCAAAUUGUUUCUUCAAAGAUGAGAUUUGGAACACCGGAGUCGGCCCACUUACAGGUGAUCGCAAGAGGCUUUAGACAGUUUCUUUUGAAAUUCUCUUUGAGUUUCAAAAAAAUUGAUGUGAUUUAAGAUUGCUUGAACUUAGACUGUUUUGUGUGACACCAUGCCUGUUGGCUGCAGAGAGUCAAAACAACCACCAAUUGUCUAUUAUAAUUGAUUUUUCAUAAAAGAAAUUAUUCAAAUAUUUGCUUAGGUCAUGUCCUUUCAAGUUGUACGCUCAACUGAAGAAGUCCUUGUUAGAAAGAGUGAGUUGAUCUUGCAGAAGAUGGCACGGUGACUAUGUAUGCAUAAAAUAUUCAGAGAUUGGGGAAUCUCAUCAUAUUUGAAUAACUUGUUGAUCAGUAAUUACAAGUUACUUGACAUAUUAUUUACAUUGUACAAAAACAUACCAGAAAAACGUGUUUUUUGCAUCCUUCAGUCAAAUGAAUCUACAAUUGUAGGAACAGCUUUGAGAUGGAGAUUUGAUGACUGACAACAUUAAAAGUACAGACUCGUGUUUUUCCGAAAUUUAA